ACUGUUACUACUCUUUCAGCGGUUCCACUUCUUGUAGAUUUGCUGUUGGUGGGUGGGUACCUCAUUUUGGUCUCUGAACCAAAUCGUUCUUCCAAAUCAAGUUUUCAUUACUCCUAGUCGUUGGUGUCACUGUGUGUAUUGCAAGUUUCUGUUGCUCUCAGGGUCUGUCUGUUCAUGGUGGUUCUCAAAUGUUUCCUGAUUUACAAUUGUUUUAAUGGUGAGAGUGAGUUGGGGAGUGUGAGUUAGAGAGAGAAAUAGAAAGAGAGUGUGGAAAAAGAGAGAGAGGAAGAUGGCAGAGAAGUCUGAAGUUCUUGAGGCUGUGUUGAAAGAAACUGUGGAUUUGGAAAACAUACCCAUUGAGGAGGUUUUUGAGAAUCUGAGAUGUAGCAAAGAGGGUCUCACCAGUGAAGCUGCUCAACAAAGAUUAGAUCUUUUUGGGCACAACAAGCUUGAGGAGAAGAAAGAGAGAAAAUUCUUGAAGUUUUUGGGGUUUAUGUGGAACCCUCUUUCAUGGGUUAUGGAAGCUGCUGCUAUUAUGGCAAUUGCCCUUGCCAAUGGAGGAGGAAAGCCUCCUGAUUGGCAAGACUUUGUGGGUAUCAUUACUUUGCUUAUUAUUAACUCGACCAUUAGUUUUAUUGAGGAAAACAAUGCUGGCAAUGCGGCAGCUGCUCUCAUGGCUCGUCUCGCUCCUAAAGCCAAGGUUCUUCGAGAUGGAAGAUGGAACGAAGAAGAUGCUUCUAUCUUAGUGCCAGGAGACAUAGUUAGUAUAAAACUCGGUGAUAUAAUUCCUGCAGAUGCUCGUCUUCUUGAUGGUGAUCCAUUGAAAAUUGAUCAGUCUGCUCUGACGGGAGAGUCCCUUCCGGUAACAAAAAGCCCUGGAGAUGGUGUUUACUCUGGUUCUACUUGCAAACAAGGAGAGAUUGAAGCCAUUGUCAUUGCCACUGGGGUUCACACCUUCUUCGGGAAGGCGGCACACCUUGUUGAUAGCACUAACCAAGUGGGACACUUUCAAAAGGUCUUGACUGCAAUAGGAAAUUUUUGCAUUUGUUCCAUUGCUGUGGGGAUGAUUAUAGAAAUUGUCGUGAUGUACCCCAUUCAACGCCGGAAGUAUCGUCCAGGGAUCGACAAUCUUCUUGUGCUUCUCAUUGGGGGAAUUCCAAUUGCAAUGCCCACAGUUCUAUCGGUAACAAUGGCCAUUGGUUCUCAUCGCUUAGCUCAGCAGGGAGCUAUAACAAAGAGAAUGACAGCUAUAGAAGAGAUGGCAGGUAUGGACGUGCUUUGCAGCGACAAGACUGGAACUCUGACGUUGAACAAGCUUACUGUUGACAAGAAUCUUAUUGAGGUUUUUUCCAAAGGAAUUGAUGCCGAUACUGUUGUUCUGAUGGCAGCUCAAGCCUCCCGAACAGAAAACCAGGAUGCAAUCGACGCUGCUAUAGUUGGGACACUUGCUGAUCCAAAGGAGGCACGUGCUGGCAUUCAAGAGGUACACUUCCUUCCCUUCAAUCCUACAGAUAAGAGAACAGCAUUGACUUAUUUUGACAGCGAAGGCAAAAUGCAUAGGGUCAGCAAAGGUGCACCAGAGCAGAUUCUAAAUCUUGUGCACAAUAAGUCAGACAUAGAGCGUAGGGUUCAUGCUGUGAUCGAUAAGUUUGCAGAGCGAGGUUUGCGGUCACUUGCCGUAGCAUACCAGGAAGUCCCGGAGGGAAGGAAAGAGAGUUCUGGACGCCCAUGGAAGUUUAUUGGUCUCAUGCCUCUCUUUGACCCACCCAGGCAUGAUAGUGCAGAGACAAUAAGAAGGGCUUUAAAUCUAGGAGUGAAUGUUAAAAUGAUUACAGGGGAUCAACUGGCAAUAGCAAAGGAAACUGGACGUCGCUUGGGGAUGGGAACCAACAUGUAUCCUUCCUCUGCUUUGCUGGGACAGAACAAGGAUGAGUCUAUUGUUGCUUUACCUAUUGAUGAGCUCAUAGAGAAAGCUGACGGUUUUGCUGGUGUUUUCCCUGAGCACAAAUAUGAGAUAGUAAAGCGCUUGCAAGCUAGGAAACAUAUCUGUGGAAUGACUGGUGAUGGAGUUAAUGAUGCUCCUGCUCUGAAGAAGGCUGACAUUGGAAUUGCUGUUGAUGAUGCAACUGAUGCAGCUCGUAGUGCUUCUGACAUUGUCCUUACUGAACCCGGUCUUAGUGUUAUCAUUAGUGCUGUUUUGACUAGUCGGGCAAUCUUCCAGAGGAUGAAAAAUUACACGAUUUAUGCUGUUUCUAUUACAAUCCGUAUUGUGCUUGGUUUCAUGCUGCUGGCCCUGAUAUGGAAGUUCGACUUUCCACCCUUUAUGGUGCUCAUCAUUGCAAUCCUCAACGAUGGUACCAUUAUGACAAUAUCGAAGGAUAGGGUGAAACCAUCUCCUCUGCCAGACAGCUGGAAGCUGGCUGAGAUUUUCACAACUGGCAUAGUUCUUGGUAGUUACCUGGCAAUGAUGACGGUCAUAUUCUUUUGGGCAGCAUACAAAACAAACUUCUUCCCGCGGGUAUUUGGGGUGUCAUCUCUUGAGAAAACAGCUCAUGAUGAUUUCAGAAAGCUUGCUUCAGCUGUGUACCUUCAAGUGAGCACCAUUAGUCAGGCUCUCAUAUUUGUUACACGAUCUCGGAGUUGGUCCUAUGUUGAGCGUCCCGGCAUGUUGCUUGUGGUUGCUUUUUUGGUUGCCCAAUUGAUUGCUACUUUGAUUGCGGUUUAUGCAAGUUGGAGCUUUGCUGCAAUUGAAGGAAUUGGAUGGGGUUGGGCUGGUGUGAUUUGGCUGUAUAAUAUCAUCUUCUACAUCCCGCUUGAUAUCAUAAAGUUCCUUAUCCGCUAUGCUCUUAGCGGGAGGGCCUGGGAUCUUGUUAUUGAGAAAAGGAUUGCUUUCACCAGGCAAAAGGAUUUCGGGAAGGAACAACGUGAACUUAAGUGGGCGCAUGCUCAAAGAACUCUUCAUGGUCUGCAAGUACCCGACACCAAAAUGUUCAGUGACAGAACCAAUUUCACUGAGCUUAAUCAGAUGGCAGAGGAAGCCAAAAGGAGAGCUGAAAUUGCAAGGUUGAGAGAAUUACACACACUUAAAGGUCAUGUAGAAUCGGUGGUAAGAUUGAAGGGUCUCGACAUAGACACAAUUCAGCAAGCCUACACAGUCUGAGGAGACAAAUAUGUGAGAUGUAAUUCACUAGUGCUGAGAUGAGAGGCGUAUAAUCAGCAUGUAAUUGUGAGUUACCCUUGAAAUGACCAUUGAAAUUAGUUUUUCUGUGCUUUUCACUUUCAUAUAUUGGGAUGCUUUUCUAGGCUCGUAAAUGUGUGGUUUUUUUUGUCACAUGUAUUGCCUCACAUAUCCUUGCAAUACCCAAAUUGGUAAGCACUUUUCAAUUUAUGAGAUGUUCUGGUCUUUUGGUCCUUUAA